AUGGCGGACCGAAAAUGCUGGACAAUCUUGGAGAACAACCCUGAGGUCAUGAACGCCCUCAAGACUAAGCUCGGCCUCUCGGACGAAUUGGAGUUCUACGAUGUUUACUCCCUCGACGAGCCUGAGCUCCUGUCCCACAUUCCAAGGCCAGCCCAUGCCCUUCUUGUCAUCAUCCCCCUCACCAAGCCGUGGGAUGACGAGCGCAAGGCCGAGGACGCGACCCAAGACGACUACGCCGGCUUCGGUGAAAAAGAGCCCGUCGUAUGGUUCCAGCAGACCAUCGGAAACGCCUGCGGCUCAAUUGGCCUUCUACACUCUGUCAUCAACGGUCCAGCAAAGAACCACAUCCUCCCAGGCAGCGACUUUGAGAAGAUCCGGCGCGAUGCCAUUCCGCUGAACAUGACGGAUCGCGCCCAGAUGCUCUACGACAGCGAGCCCUUUGAGGCAGCCCACAAGUCCGUUGUCAGUAUCGGUGAUACUGCUGCGCCACCGGCCGAGGACACUCGUCACGCCGGACAGCACUUCGUCUCAUUCGUCAAGGAGGGCGGCCACCUCUGGGAGCUGGAGGGUUCGAGGAAGGGACCAAUCAACAGAGGCGCUCUUGGUGAGGAUGAGGAUGUCUUGAGCCCCAGAGCUCUGGAGCUUGGGAUCAAGAGGGUGAUCAAGCUGGUGCAGGCUGCAGGCAUCGAAGACCUCCGCUUUAGUGUUACUGCUCUUGCACCCAAGUCUUCGUGA